AUGGCACCCAUCGCUAUCCACAGUUCAGCAAAGGACUCGCUGAAUGCUGAGGCAGAGUCUUUCAAGCCAGUCGGCAAUAAGCAAGUCGACCCUUACCACUCGGCGACUUCUGCCACUGCUAUCGCUGCGGAGUCCGCAUACGCUGCACACAACUACCACCCUCUGCCGGUUGUCUUCUCGAGGGCGCAGGGUGUAGAUGUUUGGGAUCCAGAAGGACAGAUACCGUCAGUCGGACACCCUGCUAAUUCACACUCANNGUUCGCGGCCAUCACCAUGUCCACUGACCCCGAGUCGAGAGACAAUUACGGACCUUACCUACCCAACAUCGGCUCUUGCAACCCUACCAACGACGAGCCCAUCCGCUACAACAACGUUGCAGAUCUCGAGAAGGUGCUUGAGGAGCACGGCAAGAACACCGCCGCUUUCUUGGUCGAGCCCAUUCAGGGUGAAGCUGGUAUUGUCGUGCCAGAUGAGGACUAUCUCAGAAAAGUGCGUGAGCUGUGCGACAAGCACAACGUCCUGAUGAUCUGUGACGAGAUCCAGACCGGCAUUGCUCGUACUGGCAAGAUGCUGUGCCAUGAAUGGAGUGGCAUCAAGCCCGACCUUGUCCUUCUCGGCAAGGCUAUCAGUGGUGGUAUGUACCCUGUCUCUGCUGUUCUCGGCAAGAAGGAAGUCAUGCUCACCGUCGAGCCUGGCACUCACGGUAGCACUUACGGUGGUAAUCCUCUUGGUUCCGCCAUUGCUAUCAGAGCGCUCGAGAUCAUUGAGGAGGAGAACAUGGUUCAGCAAGCUCAGGUCCUUGGUGAGAUGUUCAGACAAGGUCUCCGUGACAUUCAAGCCAAGAACUCAAUGAUUUCCUUGAUUCGUGGUAAGGGUUUGCUCAAUGCCAUCGUCAUUGACGAGAGCAAGACCAACGGCCAUAGCGCAUGGGAUCUCUGCAUGUUGAUGAAGGAGAAGGGUCUCUUGGUAAGAAAAGCUUCGCUAACGUUGAUGAAACUCAAGGCUAACGUCUUUGCANNGGCCAAACCUACUCACCAGAACAUCAUCCGUCUGGCACCUCCUCUUGUCAUCUCCAAAGAACAAAUCGAGACUUCGCUCAAGAUCAUUGGAGAGGCAGUGGACGAACUGCCCAACUUGAAGGGUCANAAAGAGGAGAAGGUACUUCCUCCGGGUGAAAAGAACGUGCAUAUCGGCGUUGACAAUUGA